AUGCUGUUUCCAGUACCGGUACCCUGUCCAAUCGAGCGCGAUAACAAAAUUGCCGAGGUUUACGGUCUUGAGAAGCCCUACAUCCUCUUCUCCAGGCACCACUGGAUGUCUAUGCUUGAGAAUAUUCCGGGUCUUACUGCGGGCCAGAAGUUCAACGAGAUGGUGUAUCUGCAGGUUCAGAACGCGCUCUGCUUCGGCGAGCCCUGCUACAUCAACGCUGACGCUUACACCGUGUGCGUCGACUGGAAAGUCUGGGAGCCCGUCUUGGGUAACAAGCCGACAUCGGCCCGGAUCGUGUCGCAGGGCUCGGCGUACACGACGAGCGACAUUGACUUUACUGUCAAAGUGGGUCGAGCCGGCGGCCGCAAGGCAUUCACCCUCUACAACUUCCAGUUCACCAUCUGCGGCUCCGACAAGGCCAGCGCCCUGGGCCGCACCAGUACGUCUCCCGCGACCAACGACGAUGUGAGCCUGAUGAACCUGGCCGUGUUCUCGGGCAGCAACUACCGUGGCAGCCCCCGUCCCAUUAACAAGGUCAAGACCAUUGCUGACGAUGCAUCUCAAGCUCAUCUCAAGCUCGGGGCUAUCUCAGCGCGUACGUAA